AUGGGGAACAGCCGUGCCAAUGGGUUGGGUCCCCAUCAGAGAAAGAGGACCACCUUCAGCGUUGGGCAGUUGCUGGAGUUGGAACAGGUGUUUGCAACAAGGCCUUACCCUGACGUCAGCACCCGUGAGCACCUGGCCCAGGUAACACCUGAGGCCAAGAUCCAGGUGUGGUUCCAGAACCGCUGGGCCAAGAGAAAGAACAGAAAGCCAGUCGUCCUAACCCCUAGGCCAGAGUCUCCCCGAAGUUCCUGCUCUUUUCUAGAUACCCGUCAGCAGCCCUGGGAGCCUGGAUCACCAGGUCAGUUUCUACCUCCUACCAGUUCAGCUGUUGUCUCAGUAUGUCCACAGGCUUCCUAUGCAGCUCCCAGCAUGGGUCCGGGGCAGGGCUGGGCAGUGGCUAAAACUGUGGUCCCAUGGGGACUAGCUGGGACUUCAGGGGCCCACCCUUCUCUGGAGCAAGUUGCUUCCCAGACAUCAAUGGGCAGCCUGUCUGACUUAAUUUAUACCUCAGCCAUUGUCACCAAUGUGGACCACUCCUAA